GCCUCUUCACUAGUCAGUCUCUCCCUCCCCAACCCCUCCUCCCGAUCCCCUCUUGGAUCUCGCCGCGCGCUCGAAGGCAAGCGCGGCCGCGAUGCCUGCGGCGGCCGUCCCCGGCGGCGGCGGCGCGGCCGACGCCGAGGAGUUGUUCCGCACCAAGCGCAUCCCCGAGAUCCGCGCAGCGGAGGGCGCCACCCGCCGCGAGAUCUCCGCCAAGGAGGAGGAGCUCCGGCAGCUCGUCGGCCGCAGCUACCGCGACCUGCUCGACUCCGCGGACUCCAUCCUCCUCAUCAAGCAGUCCUCCGACUCCAUCUCCGACAACCUCUCCCGCAUCUCCGGCUCCCUCUCGUCGCUCUCGCCGCCGCCGGAGACGUCCCCCGCCGCAAGCGCCGCCUCGCCGUCCCCGUCCGCUGGAGGGCGCGCGAGGCUCUACGCGCUUGCCGCGCGCGCCAAGUACCUGGUCGACACGCCCGAGCACAUCUGGGGCCGGCUCGACGAGGGCCUCCUCCUGGAGGCGGCGGGCCGGUACCUGCGGGCUCAGGUCGUGCAUGGGCGGCUCUCCCGCGACGCCGCGGCCGCCGCGCGGUUCCCGCUCCUCACGCACCAGGCGCAGCUCGUGGAGGCGUUCCGGCCGCAGAUCGCCCAACGCGCGCGCGAGCGCCUCGCCGACCGCCGCCUUCCCGUAGCCGCCCACGCGGACGCGCUCGCGGCCGUGGCUGCGAUCGACGCCCCGUUGCUCGCCCCGCCCCAGGCGCUCCUGCUCUUCCUUAACUCGCGCCGCGCUUGGAUCACCCAUGCCCUAACCGGGCUCGCCUCGGAUCUGUCAUCCUACACCUCCGUGCUGUGCGAUGUAGCGAGGAUCGUGCGUAUCACGCUUGGCCACGUUGGCCAGUUGUUUUUGCCUGCACUCAGUGAUAUGCCGCUGUUCUUCAAGACGGUGCUUGAGAAGACACCGCCUGAGCAGCUGUUUGGCGGCCUCCCAGACCCUGACGAGGAAUCACAAUUUUGGAAGGAGCACAUGAACCAGCUUGAGGCUACAAUGGUGCUGCUUGAACCAGAUGUCAUAGCAUGUGCCUGUACAGAUUGGCUCAAGGAAUGUUGUGCUGAAAUUUUUGGUGUAAUUGCUGCGGGGCAAAAGUUGGUUGAUGCUAUUGGGAGUGGGGAGCUACUUGGAUCAGUGCAAAGGCUUGUACGUGAUGCGCUAGAUGGGAGGGAUGGAUUGGAGGGGAGUUUGGAACAGUGGCUUAAGAGCGUCUUUGGGUCGGAGAUUGAAUCGCCAUGGGAUCAGAUCCGUGGGUUGAUUUUGAAGGGCGGCAAGGAUAUUUUUGAGGACUGGAUGGAGGAAGCAUUUGUGCGGCGGAUGAAGGACAUUUUGCAUUCAGACCUUGAUAGUUUGUGUGCUAGUGUUAAUGUGAAGGAAUCGAUUGAUGCUAUUGGUGCCAACGCUGAUCCAAAGGAUGCUGGAGAUUUCCUUUCAUACCUGCGAAAAUCUUCAAAUGGUGGUGGUUUCUGGUUCUCAGAGUCCAAGAUCAAGAAAGGAGGAGUUUUGGCACACUUGAAACCAAUUGCUGAUGAGAAUGAUUUCCACAGCUGCUUAACCUCAUAUUUUGGACCAGAAGUUAGUCGGAUCAGGAAUGCAAUUGACAGCAAAUGCAAGAGUAUUCUGGAUGAUCUGUUAUGCUUUGUGGAGUCACAUAAUUCAGCCCCAAGACUAAAGGAAUUAGUGCCAUACCUCCAAGAGAAAUGCUACAGGACCAUCUCCGGAGUGCUGAAAGAAUUAGAAACUGAGCUCAGAAAACUCUCGGCUUUGUUGGGGACCAAAAAGGAGGAUAAUGACAUACCUGCAGCAUCUAUUAUAGCGGAGAGGGCUCUAUUCAUUGGUCGUCUCUUGUUUGCAUUGAGAUACCACUCAAGUCAUGUACCUCUAAUACUAGGUUCCCCAAGGGAGUGGGUGAAGGAGGCUGGUGGUGCAGCAUUUGCCAGGUUAUCAUCACCUACACCAAGACAUUCAAGGGCAUCUUUUGAUUCUUCAUCUUUUACCCCCAGAAGGCGCACAUUUGAUAGUCCCAGGAGCCCUGGAAUGCAAUUCUCGGAUAGCCCCAGGAGACAAACUAUUGCUGCUGCCAUAUCUUUGUUUGGAGCUGAGGAUAGAUCCAACCCAAGACUCGAUGAACUCAACAAGACCCUGCAGUCACUUUGCAUCAUGGCUCAUAGUGUAUGGAUAGCAUGGGUGUCCACUGAAUUAUCUCAUAUUCUUUCAUAUGAUCUCAAUAAAGAUGACUCACUAUCCUCUUCAACUCCCUUGAGGGGUUGGGAGGUCACAGUCAUCAAACAAGAGGAAACAACUGAGGGUCCCUUGGAGAUGAAAAUAGCUCUUCCAUCAAUGCCUUCAUUUUACAUCAUAUCAUUUCUUUAUCAAGCAUGUUUGGAGAUUCAUAAAGUUGGAGGGCACAUCCUGGACCGAAUUAUUUUGCAUAAUUUUGCAUGGGAGCUACUGCAGAAGGUCAUCAAUAUUUAUGAAAAUUUCCUUGUGUCUAUUGAAUCUGGGAAUUCUCAGGUUUCAGAGAAAGGAGUUCUGCAAAUACUGCUAGACCUCCGUUUCGUCGGUGAUGUCCUAUCUGGAGGCAAAAAUUCUUCCACCAUCACUACUGAAACACAGACAAAACAGGAUUCUUUACCAAGCACCAUCUCCAAGUCUUCCUUCAGGAGAAAACAGUCACAAUCACAGGCAGAUUCAGCUGCCAUAGAGCCUAUAAACAAGUUAAUUAAUAAGCUCUCACAGAGACUGGAUCCGAUAGACUGGGCCACGUAUGAACCUUACCUGUGGGAGAACGAGAAGCAAUCUUACAAGCGCUAUGUUGUUCUUUUUGGUUUUUUGGUCCAAUUGAAUCACAUGUACACUGGUACUGUACAAAAAUUACCAACAAAGUCAAAUACAGAUUCGAAUAUCAUGAGGUGCUCUCAGGUUCCAAGAUUCAAGUACCUACCGAUCAGUGCCCCAGCUAUAUCAUCAAGACCACACAAAACAUCACUACAGUCACCCUCUGGUGACAACGCAUCUAAAGGUCCUUGGAAAUCAUAUUCAAAUGGUGAUAGAUCUACUGCACCAGAAUUUGACGAUAAUGCAAGUCUUGUUGGUGCUGCUCCAUUGUUUAAGUCAUUUGUUACCCAGGUCGGGAGCAAAUUUGGGGAGAACACAUCGAGAUGGGGGUCCAUGCUUUCUGAUGGUCAGGUCGGUAAGCUAAGUGACAUUCUUCCUGGACCAGCAGCUGGGUUUUUCUCUUCUUUCACAUCUGGAGUUCGAUAUGAUUCAUAGUCAUGGUACCAUGAGCCUUGAUCUUCAGCCUAUACUUCGUAUACGUUAAAUGGAAAUCCACAUAUGUCAUCGAGAGAUCGUCACAACUGUUGGCAGGUUGCUUCUGCCAUUGGAAAUCUGUUGGUUACAGAAUGAUGCCACAUAGUUGGCUCGGCAUUGCUUGGUUUAUCCUUGCCGUGCCUCUUCAGAUUCCUUGUUGUGAUUGGGCAGUUUCAUGGAGAAGCUCGCGUAAACAUGACGGCAGAAGACAAGAUGUAUUCAGUCUGGUGACUGGACACAGGUUUAGAGGGUGGUUAAGGAAAUCGAAUGAGAUUCCAGUGUGUUUCCUGCUUGCGACUUGACACAGUACAUAGGGCAAAGCAAGUGCUGCUAUCGGUUGACAUUUUUUCCGGACGCAGACCAUGUUGUGGAUACUCGACACAUGCAGUCGUGAAAAGAAUUUUUGGGGCCCAUUCUUUCUUUCUUUUCCUUUUCUUUGUCUCGAUGACAAGUCUGAGGAAUUUUUCGGAACGGUGCUGAAACUGCAAGGUUUGUGGUUUUUCCAUGUAGGCAAAGUUGCUGAUGUGUACAAUGGAAAGUAUAGCAAUAAAGUCUGUAUUGUCCCCUUGGAACCUGCGCUCA